AUGGAUAAAAGGAAUGGACCCUCGGUCAUCAUGCGCGAUGCCGAAAAGGAUCGUGUUAGUUUCGUGCUCCAAGGCGUUGAUCUAUCGAUGGCCAACUCAUUGCGAAGGACGAUGUUAGCCGAAGUGCCCACCUUGGCGAUAGAUUUAGUCGAGAUUGAUGUAAACACAUCUGUCUUGGCGGAUGAAUUUUUGGCGCACAGACUUGGACUUAUACCCCUUGACAGUCAAGGGAUCGAGAAUCUUCUUUAUUCUCGUGACUGUGCUUGUGAUAAUUAUUGUUCAAAAUGUUCAGUGACGUUGGAACUUACUGCGAAAUGUGACUCUGAUUCUACAAUGAACGUGUGUGCAUCCGACUUGCUCAAACUCAACACGGAGCUGCUAGGCAAACCGAUUAUUAGAGAUCCCCAAAACCGAGGUCCACUUAUAUGCAAAUUGAGGAGACACCAAGAAAUACGGCUAACAUGUAUUGCCAAAAAGGGUAUAGCCAAAGAACAUGCAAAAUGGUCACCAUGCGCAGCAGUAGGGUUUGAGUACGAUCCAUGGAACAAGCUCAAGCAUACCGAUUAUUGGUACGAAGUUGAUGCAGCAGAAGAGUGGCCCAAAUCAGAAAAUUGUCGCCUUGAAGAAGCGCCAGAUCCAGAUGCAAAAUUCGAUUACAACGCCGUGCCAUCCAAAUUUUACUUUGACGUAGAGACCGUGGGCAAUUUACCGCCAAAUGAGGUGGUCUUACAAGGUGUACAAACUUUACAGGCGAAAUUGGCAGCAAUAGCAUUGGAAUUGACGAAAAGCAACGUUGAAGGAAACAAUGCACAAACCGGAGGAUUUACUACUUAUGGAAGAACAGACUAUGGUGGCCAAACACCUGGAGCUGAUGCCUCAUAUGGUGAUGCCGGAUAUGGUGGGGCUGAUACAUACGGUGGUGUUGGCGCAGGUGGUGCAGGUGGCUAUGGAGGUGCUGGAUACGGGGGCAGUGGAAACUAUGACAAUAACGGGUACGGGGGUGCAUCAUAG